ACAGGGUACUGCCCACCGUCUAGAUAGAUAUGGGUUCCCUCUCACUGUUCCAAUCGAUUUCAAUGCCGACCAAUUGGAGGAAAAGGCGUCAAAAUUGGAAAAGAAGAUUUUUAUUGCUAGUUGUGGUUAUAAAAGUUUGGCUUCUAUUGGUUUGGUUUUAUUCUGGAAAUUAAUUGAUGAUUUGAAACCCUAUAUCUUGAUGAAAGAAGAAUAUAAGAGUGCUGUUGAUGGUCCAAUCAAGGAAUUGUUGAAAGGUUUUGUGGAUGAAAAUUCGAUGGAUAGUAAAGAGCAUUCGGAAACCAGUAUAAGAAUUUGGAAGGACAAUUGGCUGCCUUUCCAAUGAAGAAUUUACUUCAGAUUGAACAUGUGAUGGUGGAUGAUGCUGCAGAGAGUUUGAGUGUUGAAAGAUUUAUUGGAAAGUAUUUUACACUCAAUUUUGGAAGUUUAAAGCAUCAAAUUGAAAACCAAGAGAAGGUGCUUGCUGUUUGUUUGAAGAGAAUUAUCAAGUUUGUGUUGGGAGAAAUUCUUGAGCUUUCUUUGAAUUACACACUUACUUUUCACUGUUCCUCAAUUGGACAAUAUGCAAUUGAGUGUGCAAUUAAGAAUGAUCAAGAGUUGAACAACUCACUUCCAGGGGUUUCGAGUUAUUUUUCGAACAUUACAUUGGUACUUGUGAACAAUUGGUUCAAUCAACAUACUGACUCAUCCCAAGUCUCUAUUAGAGAGGGAGCUAGUCUAUCAGCUCUGGUACCAGAUGUUCACUCAAAUAUUUUGAAAUUUAUUGGAAAUUUUAAUGAACUAUUGAGGAUGAGAAUUGUCUGCAAAUAUUGGAAUUGUUUAAUUGUUGAAAAUGAUGAAAUUUGGAAAUACUGUUAUCAUUUAACAAUGAUUGAAGAUCCAUUAUUCUUCACCUAUGCAACCAGUUCUACACUUUCACAAAUUAGAAACGAUGAAUCAAAAGGAUGGAAAACUAAAUUCUUUUCUGAUUUAUUUCCUCAUUUAAACUCAAAGAAAUCAAUUAUUUCAAGUUUUAUGAAAUCAGAAUCUGUAGAUAAUAGUUCUGAGGAGAUUUUAAAUAAUGCUGUUUCCUUAUCCUACAAUUUGUAUCCAGAUUAUUUUGAUUCCAAUAAGCCAAAUGAUGGCUCUAAAACAAAGAUUGGAGGUUCUCCAAAUACGACAAACAAAUCAGCUAUUUGGAGAAAAGGAUAUGUAUUUGUUGGUCAACUUGACUGCUCUGAACUUGGUUCAUUGAUUAAUUAUCAAAUUCCAAAAUCUGGGUUUUUAUACUUUUUUGUCAAAAUGGAAAACAUUCGAGUUGAGUUAAAUGAAGCAAAAAUUGAUGCUAUUGAUGGAUAUGUUGUAUAUCAAGAUUACAAAGAUAACUCAACUGUUCCGCUUGCUCAACUGGAUGGUAGUGAAUCUCAGGUUGUCAAACUCCAUAACCACUCACUGAAAUUAGGUAUCUCAGCAGACACUAGAAUAUUCAUCAAUUCCAGCAGGGAGAGGUAUGAUGAUUACACCUACUAUGAAUUAGAAGCAUUCUCUCCAUCAUUUGACUCUCAUUUCCUUGGACAAUAUUAUGGAAACUACACCAAUAAUUUCAAAUCUGAAAAGGAUGAUAUUAUUCUCUUCUCAACCAAUGCAAUCUAUCCCACUACUCAAUUCCUUACUCACUUUAUUUACUCCAUCAGUAGCGAUAGCUUAUUGAAGAGAGAUUUCCAUAAUGCCAAAUUCACCGUUCACACUCCAUCCUAUGUUGGCUAUUAAUAUUAAAUAGAGAAAAUCUUCAAUUUUAU